AUGACUCAAGAUAUAUCGGAGAAAAUUGAAGUGAUAUCGAUAAAUGAUUCACAACCAGAGGACCCAAGUCCAGUAGUUCCACAUGAACGUCAAGUUGUUGAUUGUGUAAUUGAAAUUUGGAAAGAAGAUCCAGCAACAGAGUCAUUGGGAAUGAGCAAAUUGCAUGCGUUAGUCAAACAAAAACAUCCUAACUGGUCGGUUUCGGAAAAACGUGUCAGAGCUUUGUUGAAACAAUUUGGAUUGGCUUUCAAUAAUCAAGAACAAUUUACAUAUGCCAAAGAGAUUACAUCUGUCAUGACUCCUGAUAUUGAGUUACCUGCAAAUGUUCAUAUUAUCAUGACCUCAAAGCGUGGGAAAGGUUUAUAUGCUAAAAGAGAUAUUGCAAAAGGCGAUUUGAUUUGGUCUGAAGAGCCACUUUUUUUCAUCCCUCCUUUGGCAAAUGUGAAUUUAAUGAAAACUGCUUCAGCUUGUACUUACUGUGGGAAAUUAUUGAAACGACCUGAAUCUGCUACUGUUUUAAAAGGUUUGGAUUGUAAUGUUUGUUCUGAAGUAUGGUGCUCUAUUAAAUGUAAACAAUUAGACGGUAAUUUGCAUUCUUUAUUAAAGCAUAAUCUAUAUAAUCCAGGCACUAAAAAACACAAGCUCAUUGACGCCGAAGCAUUUUUAGAAUUGCAAGAUUAUUGUUUGGAAGAACAAUGGAAUGCCCUUUAUGCAAUUACAUUGAUCUACGCCAACUGUGUCACUGACAAACUGGGUGUUAAGCAAAAACAAUUCAAUGCUAUGGCUAGAGUCUCACAAGAUGUUCGAUACAAGGCAUUAAAUUCUUCUGCUGGUACGUUUGACAGUUUAAAUGGUGGUGCUUUGUUUGUGCAAGAACAACAGGAGCAUUUAUGGAAAAUAGGGUAUGAGAAAUUCCUUAGAGUAUUCCCCAAAAAACCAGUUGAAUACCGUGAAUUUUUAUUUAUGAUGGGUACAUAUAACAUCAACAAUUUAGACUCGAAUGUGUUUUUGACCCAAUCUCAUUUAAAUCACAAUUGUGCCCCCACUACUUCAGUGGAAACGGAACUCGACCGUACUGCUGGGUUGAAAGUUUUUGCAGCUAAAGAUAUCAAAAGCGGUGAGGAAUUGACCACCACCUAUGUCAACCCUAGCCAUACAGUUCAUCAAAGACAGAGAGAGUUGCGUGUUAAUUGGGGGUUUAUUUGUGCUUGUGGUAAAUGUAAAGACGAUUUGAAACAAAAUGAACGUCGUAAAUCCUCCCACAAUCAACAACAAAAUGCAAGUAAUAUCAGAAACAUGUUGAAAGAAGCAAAAGAUGCAGUAGGCGAAGAAGGGAUUGAAUUGGAAAUACCGACUGAGUUUAAUGGAGAAAGAAGAAAAUCAGUUAGAUUUGAUGAAAAAGUAGUCGCAGUAAAGGAAUAA